GGAGCGCCGCCUCCCCUUCCGGCCGCCGCCGCGAUGCCGAUGAAGGGCCGUUUCCCGGUGCGCCGGACGCUGCAGUACCUCAGCCAGGGCGACGUCGUGUUCAAGAGCUCGGUGAAGGUGAUGACCGUGAACUACAACACGGCUGGAGAACUGAGCGAAGGCGCAAGAAAGUUCGUGUUUUUCAACAUCCCCCAGAUCCAGUACAAGAACCCCUGGGUGCAGAUCAUGCUGUUCAGGAACAUGACUCCCUCGCCCUUUCUCCGGUUCUACCUGGACAGUGGAGAACAAGUUUUGGUAGACGUGGAAGAUAAAACCAACAAAGAGAUAACAGAGCACAUUAAAAAAAUCCUGGGGAAAAGCAAAGAAAUGCUUGAAAAAGAAGAAAGAGAAAGGAAAAAACUAUCACAUCCAGCAACCUUCGGGCCCAAGAAGUAUCAUCUGCGAGAAUGCAUGUGUGAGAUUGAAGGCCAAGUUCCCUGUCCUGCUUUUGUACCAUUGCCCAAAGAGAUGAGGGGAAAAUACAAAGCUGCCAUGAAAAAUGAGGCAUGAACCUGACAUUUCAAGAUCUCAAGUCAUGAAGCUAUUUUGCCUCAGGACUGGACAAUGAGGGUGCUUCAGUGAGAGACAAGAGGCAGCAGUUCCUGGGAACAGGAACAAGCAAGUUCAUUCAAUACAAAGAACUCUGCCUCAUAAGCCUUCUUACAACUACAACUAGAAUUAUUAAGUGAAAAAUAAAUAAAAGUUAAAACUGGCACAAAAAAAAAAAGCUGGGGUUCUAUGAAUUACUGCAGGUCACCACUGGAAAACAAAAUUAAUAUAGUCUUAUUUCUUAUUCAUGCCUGCAGGUAGUCAAUUAUGGCAUGGCAAAACUAAGAUCAUGUUUUCUUUGGGAUAGAGUAGCUAGACUAAAAAGUUAAAUCUUAAAAGUAGCACAGAAUUCCAUAAUUUAUAGAAAGUGGUGCAAAAGUCCAUAUUGUACCAACUAAAGACAGGCAAAUGAUAAUAUAACUCCAGUCUCAAUUGAAUUUUCCUAAUUUAUGUAGUUAUGAAUCAGAAACAGUUCAGAGUCUCAUUUCCAGGAAGAUACAACUUUUGUAGUUGAUACUGCAGCUCUGAGAAGCACUGAUCAAGUUGGGAAUAUCAGCAGGAAAGGAGAAUGGGAAAAUUGGUGUAUAAAAGGCAAGUUUUACAAUUACCAAAAAACCUUUUUUGAAUCAUUACAGUUUCUGCCUCUCCAAACAAUUACACCAUCCCUGUAAUAUGUAUAAAUAUGAUAGAUUGUAGUCUACUGUACAGACCUUUGCAUCAGGCUUAUAUGUACAAGUCACUGUAGAACUGUAUUGCAGCAUUUCUGAAUUCACAGUUGAAUACAAAAUUUCACACUGUUGCAAGCAUCCUGUACAAAUUGUCAAGGACAAACACAACACAAAAUAAACAUGUUGUUUUAUUUCA